AUGACGAUCAACGCGGUGCUCGAGGCGGACCUGCGCUCCAUCUCCGCUGAGGCUCGGCGGCGAUUCCCCGCCGUGAAGGACGCCGCGGAACGUGGAAUCCUCAAGCUGCGUUCUCUGGCAGGGCCUGAAGCCAUUUCGAGAAGUGAUGAGUUGCUGCGAAUCUUCCUGCUGGCGUGCGACACAAGGCAGCCGCGGCUGUGCGCCUUGGGAUUGUCGUGCGUGCAGAAGCUGGUGGCCAACAACGCAGUGCCGCCCGCUGCCUUACCUGAUAUACUGACCACGCUCAGAGAGCACGCGGACGGGUCAGAGGAGGCGGUGCAGCUGAAGGUGCUGCAGACAGUGCUGACAGUGCUGCAGUCGCAGCUGCACCCCAAAGAUGAGGAGAGCAUGGCCAUCAUCCUUGGCAUCUGCCUUCGCCUUGCAGGCAGCACUCGGCAGCUGGACUGUGUUCACAGCACGGCCACAGCAACGCUGCGGCAAGCCAUAGCGCUCAUCUUCGACAGAGCUGCCAGCAGCGAGGGCCUGCCAGUGCAGUCCGCCCCCCGCCAGGCCAACCGCGUGUGGAACACCUCCGAGCCGGGCGACAUCAGCCGCAUCGUCAUGGCCUCCAGGGCGACGGAGGGCGAGGGGGCAGGGAGGGGGAUGGGGGAGGAGCUGGAGACGGUGGUGCUGAAGGAGCGCGUGGACGACCUCUCACCCGCGGCGCGCAUGGGGCUCCGCCUGCUCGAGGAUCUCGCCGCUCUUGCUGCUGGCCAACAGGUGCACACCGGGCAGGGAGCUUCAGCAGGGCAGGGUCGUAAGGGGCGGGCGCAGUGGCUGCACGUGCCAUCACUGCAGCGCACGUUCGCCCUGGAGAUGCUGGAGUACGUCGUGUCGCACUAUGCCACGCUCUUCCGCCGCCUCACUCCCUACCAGCAGGUGCUGCAGCACAAGCUCUGUGCACUCGUGAUGACGUCACUGCGCUCCACAGGCUCUGAGGAGGGGGAUGUGGGCGAGCCAGGGUACCGGCGGUUGGUGCUGCGCUGUGUGGCCACCCUCGUGCGGCAACACCACGCUCAGCUCACCACUGAGUGCGAGGUGUUUCUGCUGAUGCUGGUGAAGAGCGUGGACCAGGACCUGCCUCUCUGGCACCGCAUCCUCGUGCUUGAAGUGCUCCGGGCAGCCGGGCAACAGCAGCAUAGUGGAGGAGAUGGCAGUGGCGCUGGCGCACGUGGUGCAGAGCGUGCAGCAGGGGUGGAGUGGUCCAUGGACUUUGACUGGGCGGGCAUCGCAGUGGUGGCGGCCAGUGAGGCGCACGCCAUAACGCUGGCGGUGGAGGGGCUGCUGGGCAUGGUCUUCACCAUCGCUCUGCUCACUGACGAGGCCAUGGACGACUCGCUCCCGCACUCCGCCUCGCCUCCCAAGUCCCCUCUCGCACCGCGCAAGCAACCUGACACUGAGGCUGGUGUUUCAGAGGGUGGUGGGCGGCAGGGCGAGGAUGAGUCUUCACCGGUGGACCCUCUCUCCACACCUGUGCCAGGGCAGCACCCUGCCUUGCUGCCUCACCCCGACUCCCACGCGCCCUCCCCGGGGCUCACUCGCGGCUUGCUAGCACUGCUGGGGGGCAUGCAGGAGGAGGGCGGUGGGAGCGAGUGGGUGAAGAAAGGAGCUCAGGAUGAUGAGGAUGCAGAGAGCAGGGGUAGCAGUGCAGAGGGGCGGGUGCGUGGAGCACUGGAGGAGCUGUGUGUGCGCAUGGUGGAUGCUGUGUGGAAGACCGUCCUCGAUGCUCUCUCCAUCAUUCUUGCCCGGUCACAGGGUGAGGCUGUCAUUCUGGAGAUCCUUAGGGCAUACCAGGCGUUCACUCAGGCAUGUGGGGCGUUGGACCUGGUGGACCCGCGGGACGAGUUCCUGGCAUCGCUGUGUCGCUUCACCCUCGUCUCCUCGCCAUCCAUGACCACCAUGGCGCCCCCCGGCCAGCCCUUUGACUCCGACCGCUUCCAAAUGCCCUCCUCCCCGUCAAGCUCGUACCUGUCGCCCAUGAGGUCACUGGACGCACUGCUGGGCACGGAGUCACGGGGGGACCUGCUCGCCUCCUCCAUGGGCUCCGCUGCCGCCACCUCUGCUGCCGCCCUGGGGCAGGGCGUGCCCGUGCUCACACCCAAGAACAUGCAUGCCCUGCGCACGCUCUUCAAUGUCUCCCACCGCCUCUGCGCUGUGCUUGGACCAUCCUGGGAACUGGUGAUGGAGAAUCUGGCUGCCCUCGACCGCACCAUCCACUCGCCAUACGCCACCAGCCAGGACGUAUCAACAUCAGCAUCAACGCCAUCAGCAGGGUCGCGCGGGUCCAAGGAGCUCACAGGCGCGCCCUCCUCACUGCAAUCCGACUUCUCCGUGCUCGCCACCCUCGAUGCACAACUGUUCCAGAGCACGGCUCACAUGGACACACCGGCCGUGCUGGCCCUGCUGGCGGCCCUGCGGGUGGUGUCCAACCGCGCGCUGCACUGCGUCACCACCGGCCUCGGCAUCGCUGCCUCGGGCUCCUCUGCUGCUGCUGCCGCUGCCGGCACGUCUGCUGCUGCUGCUGCAGUGGCGUCGCCUCUGACCACGGGCGCGCUGCCGUCCACGCUCAAGAUGUUUGCGGUGGAGCGCAUGCUGUCUGUGCUCACCCACAACAUGCACCGAAUGGACCUUAUCUGGGAUGCCAUCCUGCUGCACCUGCUCGAGCUGGCGGUGCACGAGAGCAGUGGCGUGCGCGCGGUGGCGGUGGACACCAUCGACCGCGCCGUCAUGGCCGCCCUCUCCUCGCCCUCGCUGCACCGCCGCUCCUCCACCUCCUCCUCCUCCGCCCUCACCACCGCCACAGCCUCUUCACAGGCCACUGAGGAGCAGCAGGGGGCGGAGGUUUGUCGGAAAGAGGGAGGGGAGGGAGGUGAGGAGAGGGAGGGGCAGAAGGGGGAGGGUGAGGGGGAGGGGCAGGGGGAGGUGGCGCUGGAGGAGAUGGUGGUGGGCGCUGUGAGCUCCCUGUGGCGCGAUGGGCGCGAUGCAGAGGUGAAGGCAGGAGCACUGCGCAUCCUGCUGCACAUGCUGGAGCGCCAUGGGGAGAAGCUGCACUCCACGUGGCCCACUGUUCUCCACCUCCUAAGGAUGGUAGCAGAGACGAAUGACAAGGACCUCGUGGGCCUUGCCUUCCAGAGUGAGCUGGUGGUGGUCAACGACUGCCUCUCCUCCAUUCCGCCUCACACCCUUCAACUGUGUGUGGAGGUGGUGGGGGCGUUUGCAGGGCAAGUGGCGGAUGUGAACAUCUCCCUCACGUCCGUGGGGCUGCUCUGGACCAUGGCUGACUUCUUUGCUCGUGGCCUCGACCAUGCCACCACCACACACCGCACUGCCACCUUUUCCACACUACUCAACCAGUGUGACCUCCCGUCCUCCUCCUCGACAUCCACUGCAGCAACCCCUCUCUCCUCCGCCUCCCCUGCCACGUACCUUCCAUCGACGGCACCAGCAGCAGCAGCAGCAGCAUUGGCACUGAAGCUGCCAGCGUUAGCAACGCCCUCCACCUUCACUAGGAUCCACAGAAAGCCAGCUCACACCGAUGCAGGGCGGACCAGGGGGGGAGAGGGGGUUGAAGGAACGGAUGGGGGAGGAGGGCAGGGGAGGGGAUCUGGCAGCGGGAGGAUGCUGGACGAGCGGAGCAGUGCGCUGCUGCUGGCGGUGCUGUGUGUGAUGGAGGCGCGUGCCAAGGACGGGCGGCCGGAGGUGCGCAAUGCUGCCAUGCGCACGCUGUUCCAGACGGUGGUCAGCCACGGCGCCAAGCUGCCACCCGCCUCCUGGCGCCACUGCCUCUGGGACCUCAUCUUCCCCCUCAUCGACUCCGUGCGCUCCCUUGCAGCCACGGCAUCGAGAGACGAGGCGCCGGGGACGGAGAUAGGGCGGCAGGGGGGGAGGAGUGUGAUGAUGCUGGUGCACCACAGCCGCAACACGGCGCAGAAGCAGUGGGACGAGACCCUCGUCAUGGCACUCAACGGCCUCGCCCGCCUCAUUCGUGCCUUCUUCCCACUGCUUCAUACCAUGGACAACUUUCGGGAAGUAUGGAGCGCACUGCUGCAGUUCGUGGAGGAGGGCGUGCUGACAGGCAGCAGAGAAGUCAGUGCUGCUGCUGCCAGCACUCUGCAGACCAUCAUGCUCACCCAUGCCACCAAGGGCAGCAUCCCGAGGCACUACUGGGACAGCAGCAUGGACGCGUACGAGCUGCUGCUGCGUGACAGCACGUCACCCGCGUCGGGAGUGGCGGUGCGCACACGGCAGAAGCUGGUGGAGGACCUGGGCGAGGUGUACAGCACAGCCGGCCUCGCCUUUGAGGACCACGACUACCUGCGCCUGCUCGCCUGUGUCGAUGUCAUGGCGCGCUGCCCCGUGCUGCCCUCUGAACCCCCUCCCCUCGCCGGCACGCUGCCCCAGGUGCAGCGCACGGUGCUGGAGGUGCUGCCGCGCCUGCAGCCCUCAGCGCACGCACAUCUGUGGCCCGCACUGCUGCAGCAGCUGCUGGCGUACCUGCCUGGUGGGGACCGCCUGCUCUGCCCGCACUGCCGCGUGCCGCCGCGCUUCCUGUCCGAGGCCACGCAACGCCACGCCCCAAAGGUUUCCCUGGGUGGCGUUGCAGGGGGUGUGGACUGCACAGGGAAGGGCAGCGGUGCUGGUGAAGGGAGAGGAGGGGGAGGAGGAGACGAUGGUGGGGAUUCGGGCGGAGCAGGCAGCGAGGGAAUCGUUGGUCGAGAAGGGGACGAUGAAGGCGCCACACAAGCUGCCAGCAACGGCAGUAGCAGCCGGACGACAUCAUUCGGCCUAUCGCUGGGCGGCAAGGUGCAGCUGUUUGCGCCAGCAGCGGUGUACGUGCCGACGUCAGGCAACCCCACGGGGUCGUUCAUGCUCAGCUACCCCGUCACGGCGCCCGGCGCCCUGUCACCCGCUCUACAGGACCGUGUGGUGGCGCUGCUGCUCGAGCUCUUCCUCAACGCGCCCCCCGAGGCCAGAGACACCGUCCUGCCCGACCUUGUUGCUGCUCUCGGCAGGUGUAUGCUCAUCCGCCGCACCUCGCCCGACCUUCAGCUGUGGCGCACGGCCGUGGCGACGCUCUCAGACAUCCUCAAACACGCCCUCCCGCCUGACCCCCCUCUCACAACACACGCCAAUCAUCUCUCUCCUUCCGACCCUCAGUCUCCUGCACACCCAUCCUCACCCAUGCAUGCCUCUUCCACGCACCACCACACCAAGCACCAGCAUGAGGCACAUAAGGAAGUUGCCAAGGAGGGCAACGGUGCAGUGGGCGGCAGCAGUGAGGGGGGGAGAGCACGGCAGCGCAUGUGGCAGGAGCUGGCAGCGGUGGUGGAGCAGUUCGUGCUGGGCACAUGCGGCACCGCCCUGCUCCCAGAACUCCCCCUCCCAUCUCCCCAGCCCUCACCAGCACCACCCCCAGGCCAUUCCCCCCGACGCUCCCCCAGAGUGGGGGGAGGGGAGGGCGCAGGGGGGAGUCCCCGGAGAAGAGCCGCCCCUGGCAGUGGCGGUGGCAGCGCGGCAGGGCGGGCCCCAGGGGCGGGGGGAGCAGCGGUGCCUGCUGGGAGAGGGGCGGGGGAGGCAGAACUUAGCGAAUGGGGCACAGGCAGCGAGGGGAGGGGCGGAGGAGGCAUGGGCAGCAGUGGGUGGGCGGGGGAGGCGGGGUCGACACGGGGUGUGUCGGAGCUGCUGACUCGUGAGGUGGUGGAGGCGGAUGAAAUGCUUGAGGCGCUCUUCCUUGACACCCUCUGCACCCGCGUGCUCACCCACUGCUAUGACGCCCCCCACAAGGUACCCACUGCUAUGACGCCCCCCACAAGGUACCCUUGCACUGCACUGCUUGAUCAGGAGAGGGAGCGGCUGGUGGCAGUGCUGGAUGCGUGUGCUGCACGCACCAGCGCUCUGCCCCUGGCUGCUGCUGCCGCGCUGCCAACCCACUGCGCGCGCUUCUCCCUCGCCUGCCUCUCCCGCCUCUUCAUGCUCGCAGGGCAAGGCCGCCCAGAGGACACGCUGGCAUCGUCGUCGGUGGCGGUGGGGCGGCUGGUGCUGCCUCGCCUCGUGGCGCGCUGCCAUGCCAUCCUGCACCGCUUCACUAAAGACUCCCUGCAAGCAGGGUCAGCAGCCAUGCCGGCAGUGCGGCUGGCGGAGAUGCUGCUGCUGCUGCAGGAGUUGGUGCGCCUCGUGCUGCACCCCCUCGUCGCUGCGGCCGUGGACGUGCCCAUCGCGCCCAAGGCCAGUGCGGAGGCGCACGGCACAGCGCAGGCAGCAGCAGCCGGGGACACGCUCACGAGGGGUGAGCUGGAGCGGCCGUGGGAGCGGGACAGUGCAGCGCGGCGGUUUGUGGACAGCGAGGGGCGGCAGCUGGGGUGGCAGCGAGCGCACCUGCUGCUGCUCUACUCGCCCCUCUGCGACCUCGUCUUCCUCCGGUACACUUUCCACACCCCCCCGUCCCCCUUCCCCUUUCCCCCCACUUCAACUCAAAAACCUCACAGAACCCCCUGUAUAUGCAUGUAA